AUGGCAGAAAAUAGACCAACUCUCCAUCAUAUGGAUCUAGGUGUCGAAUAUAAUGUCGUCCACCACUUCCGCAAACCUGCCGACGAUGCCAUUGCUCCUUUCCGAUCUCCCGAAUCCAUCAAAGCCCUCGGCCCAUAUGGCAAGGCCCCAGUUCUCAUAACCGGUGCUGCGGAUGGUAAUCGAUACAUUCCCGAGAGCGAUGCUAUAUGCACAUACCUACUUCGCAAAUUCGAUACCGAGGAUAAGUUUAGCUUGCAUAGUGGUGACUGGAUCAGAGAUGAAAUUCUCAACUCUUUCAACCUUACGACAUUCGGACGAUCGGUUUAUUUCAUCCUUUUCAUCGAUUUUGAUUUUAUCAAGAACGGAGUUACAGAUUAUUUUGAUGGGCCGGAGAUGAGGGAUAUACUCACUAUAUUGGAUGGAGAAUUGAAGAAUGCACCAGAAGGGGGCUAUUUCAUGGGGAAGAGUCCUGGCAGAGCUGAUGUUAUGAUGGAAUUUCCAAUGAGUUUUGUAAAGCACAGGAAUUGGAUUGAUCUAGAGAAGGAAUUUCCUAGAUUGGACGAGUGGUUGAAGAGGGUUUAUGAUAGACCUGCUUGGAAGAGAGGUUUAGAAAAGGGCAAUGGUUCUUAUGACCUCAGUGUCUUUCCCAAACGAGCUGUGAUUUCGUGA